GGCGUUCUAGUACUACGAGAGAAAAAAGAGGUGAAAGAAAAUUAUUUAGUUGAAUUUUGCGAGAGCUGCGGGAAAAGUGAAAAAUAUCGUGAAAAACAGCUGGGAAAAUUAGUGUGAAAAGUGAAAAUUAAUUCUCUGUGAGUUCCUCGACACGUCUUUGUUGUAAAUUUGUGGAUUUCUUUAUGCAAAGGGCAAGCUGCUCAUCAGUUAAAUGGAGCACGUGAACGAGAAGAGUUCACUCACAGCCAGUGGGAGUGAUCACGAAGUGAUGGACUCGUGGACAUUUGUGGAUGAGUCAAGGAACUCUGCUGGGCAGCAGCAACAUGCAGAAGAAACAUCAGGGAAUCCAGAGACCGAAGAGAGCCAUCCUCAGAGUACUGAGAUGAAGACAGACAAAUAUCAUCUCAGUGUAGAUCAAGACAAUGACACUGAGCUCUCUGAUGGGAUUUCCAUAAUCAGCGAUAGUGACUGCGGGGGUGGAAGGCACUCACCGGAAAUACCCCCAAAGGAGACACAAAGUCGCUCUACGGAUACAUCCUUUAUCCCCCCACCUACACCCCCAGAGACGCCACUCACUGUUGCACGUGAGGAGAAGAGACUCGUUGAGGUGGACAAUCAGCUGGUGGAGAAGGAAGUGGAUGUGGUUCGAGGAAUAUUCGGAAUUGGACGACGACAUGUGAUCUUUGUGGUUCUCCUGGCGGGAAUUAGUGGAGCAAUGUUUGGGCAUAUCUUCAGGCUGAAUCCGGGUGUUCCGUGUGACUGUACCAAGUUGAUUGAGCCCCUCAUGAGUAGGGUGUACGAUCUCGAAGUGGAAAACUUCAAGCUACGCGAUGAAGUGACCAAGUUAACGAAUAAGAUCCUUUCUGACCUCCAAGGAGCAUCUCCUAAUCCGUCCAAUCAACCACAAAAUCCUCAAAAUGUUGCGCAGGAAGGAGAAGAAGAGAAAAUCUGGGCAGGAGAUACGGGAGAGGCGACUGUGAAGCCCCUUGUGGAUGAAAGUAUCUGUGGAGCUGAUACGGGAGAUGAUCUCUUUGACGAUUACUACGGAAAAGUAUGCAGAGAAGCUGAGAAGCGUAUAAAGGAAGCAAGGAAGGCUUUUGAUGAGGAUCCCAAUUGGCAGAAGACUCCAUGGAAGCCAGAACCACCCAAGGAGGUGCGACAGGAGAAGAAAUAUGAGAAAAAAGAAAAAUAUGAUGAGAGGAAGAAAGAAAAAUAUCCAAAUGGAGAUGAUUGGAAGGAUUCAAAGGAAGAUCGAAGAAAUGCCAAGGAGAAGAGAAAGAAUUAUCGGGAUGAGAGGAAGAAUUCAAAGGAGGAUAAAAGGGAUAAUGUAGACAGAAGGGAUUUCGAUGAUGAUGACAGUGAUGAAAAGGAGGAUAGAAAAAAUUCAAAGGAAUACAAGAAAGAUUUCAAGGAAGACAGAAGAGGAUCUGAUGAAGGCAGAAGGGAUUCAAAGGAAUACAGAAAAGAUUCAAAGGAGGACAAAAGGAAUAAUUCAAAGGAAGAUAGAAGAAAUAACUCCAAGGAAGAAAGAAGGAAUUCAAAAGAACGCUUUGACGAGAGAAAGAAGAAGGAUGAUGACGACUGGAGUGGUGAAGACUACCGCAAACAAGAGAAGAGGAGUGAGAAAAUGAAAAAGGGAGAACGAAAGGACUACGAUGAUUUCAAAGAUAGUCGUGAACGGAAGAAUGGGGAUAGGAAGCGCGAUAAGAAGUAUGAGAAAAAGUGGAAAGAUGACGAUGAUGAUGAUAGCAAGGAAGACAGGAGUAAGGAAUUCGACACAGAGUGGCAUGAAAAGCGAAUGAACGGAAGGGAGCAGUUCAGGGAGAAGGAGAGUGGUGAAAAGAAUGGCAAUUGGUACUUGGAACGUGGGUCAGAUCGCGAGAUUAAGCGACUCCGGGUGGAUGGGUCAGGAUCACACGAGAGGAGGCGCUAAUACGGAGUUUCCAGUAUUUUUUUUCUCGCCAUCAGGACAAUUUAAAGAAAAAUCCUUUUUAUUAGAUUACCAUGAUAAUAAGUUUUUUUUUGUCAGGAAUGUUACAAACUUUGUGAGAUCAUUUUUUUUGUCAAUAUUUUAUUUUAUUUUAUUGGUCCAGUAGAGAAAGAUUUAUUUACAAGAAACAAAUAGAGUUUAUAUUGUUAAUUUAAAAUAGAAAUAAAAAAAAUGUGUGAUAUGAUUUA